AUGAGAUCCACGCGCUUCAGAAGCGGGAGAGUUCCUUCAACCGGGGCUGGGCAAGCCUCGGGAGCUCAGCAACGUCACAUCUCAGAGGAACAAGGGUCCCCGAGGACCCAGCCCGUUAACGAAGACGCCAUCGCCAGGAUGACCGAGUUCGUAGCGGACAAUCCCUACAUUUUCGAAGAACUGGGAGCCGACUACAUGAGGGUUCCGCCCUUUACCGAUGACAUCAAUGGGGAAAUGGUUUCCCCUAACUUCAAGCUCCAAGAAUUACAGCCCUACGAUGGCCGAGGUGAUCCCGAGGAUCACCUCCGUGCAUUCAUCUCGGCAUUCCGCCUCUACUGCGUCCCUGACGCCGUGAUUUGUCGAGCGUUCCCCAUUUUUCUACAAGAGACAGCCCGAAAAUGGUUUUGGGGAUUGGAACCAAGGAGCAUUUUCUCACUGGAAGAGUUGGUGGACAGGUUUAUUCACCGCUUUGUAUUGUCUCGCCCGGUGAUAAAGACUUCAACCUACCUCUUGAACCUACAGCAGGCUCCCGGCAAGUCAAUGCGCUCGUAUGUGCAGAGGUUCAAUGAGGAAAAUGUGCAGAUACCUGAUCAAAAUGAGCAGGUAACCAUAGUUGCCUUCACCAACGGGCUGAUCGCAGAGAUCUUCCACACCAAGAUACAUCGGAACUACCCCCGUUCACUUCGGGAACUUUGGGAACGGGUAGAUCAAGGAAUCAGAAGUGAGGACCUGAACUGCAUGAAGCGGGAAGCCCAAGCAACCCGUACUGGGCAAGAGUCCCGGAGGAAAAAAGAAACCGGUCAACUCGAACAAGUCCCCAGUGGCUCGUCGAAUCAAUUCCGCGAUCGCCGGAGUGUCAUUGACCGCAUCGUGAAGGGGAGGUUGUCCUCCUCGGACGCCGAGCUGACACCACUCAAUUCCAGUCGGUCUCACAUUGUGACUGUAAUGAGACAGAACCACCUCGGCCGAGCCCCUCCUGAGAUUCUGGGAAGGAAGGAGAAGAGGAACUCCAGCCUCUAUUGUGCCUACCACGGAGAUGUUGGGCACGAGACUGAGAACUGCAACGAUCUAAAAAGAGAGAUCGAGAACCUGAUCAAACAGGGAUACUUGAAACAAUUCGUCCGCAAGGAUGGAGGCUUCAACCGAAGUGCCUCCCAUCAAGAUAAUCGACGCCCUCGCCGAGAAAACAUGCGGGACACGAAGAGUCACUGCCAUGGGCCCGAGAACCAUAGGGAGGACCAGCGACCUCUGUGA